AUGUAUUAAAAAUUGUAAAAUAACAACUCUAAAAUAUAAGGAAGUUAUCUGCAUACACAAAGGUAACUUAAAUAUUCACACAAUUAUUGUCAAAUUGAAAUAGUUUAAUAACAAGGUAGAUUUUAUAAUAAUCCCACUAAUAAAUAUUAAGAAAAUUCUAGUUCAGAUGAAUCAAAUUAUAAAGUUUAAUUUUCAUAAAGUGAUGAUAGUGAUAACUAGUAAGAUCCAUCAGUUUAGGAUAGUUAUAACAAAAAAUAUGAUUCGGAAAUCUUAUCAAAUGAUUCUGAUAAUGAUAAAUACGAAGGUAAUAGUUCGCAAGAUGAACAAUAAGAUCAGUAGGAACUAGAUGUAAGUUAUGAGGUAAUCUUUUCGGAUGAAGAUAUUUCUUCUCCAAUAGAAAGUUCCCAAGAAUGGGAGAAAAAUGUUCUAAAAAAAUUAUAAAUUGCUUCAGAUAAAAUAGAAAAACUUCAAGAAAGAUUGACAAAGCUAGCGAAAGCUACGGAAAACAAUUAAAAAUAGUUACCUUAAGAGAAAAAAUAGAUUCCACCUUAAGAAGUAAAAUUACCUUAACUCCCUUGUUAAUAAAAACCAUAACCAUAAUCGACUCCUCAAAAAUAAUAAAAUUCAACAGUAAUAUCAAGAAAUCCAUCUCAAUUAAAUCCAUCUUAAGAUCGCAUCUUGAUCUAUAAUAAAGUAUUUCAAAAAUAAGAGAUUACCUAAAAUAAAAAUAAGAACCCUUGCAAACACGUUAAAUGCCAAAGUUCAGCCUAUUUAGAUGCUUGUGGGAUUGUGACUUGUUAAUCUAAGUGUCAAUCAUUUCAUAUUACUCAAACGAUGUUUGAUAAUGCAAACCAAGUGUUUUAGCGUGGAGAAUAUAAAGGGCAAUUUAAUUACUUAAGGACUCCAAUUUUGAUGGCCUAGCUGGUGAAUGAUUCUUUAGAAAUGUCCAAUAUGAAUGAAUACCAAAAAGGGUAGUUUACCUUAUAAUUUUAACAAGUAUUUGUUAGAUUAUUACAAUUUAAUAACAAUAAUAAAGCUUGA